AUGGAGACACUUCACUUCGUCAAACUCGCAGCUCGACCGCAGAUGCCCAAAAAGCACCAGCGGUUUCACGCAAAACCGGCCAACUUAGCACAUCACAGUCUUGCACCAUCUAGGUCUCGUCAUGAUGGCGGGUCUGGGGUACAGGGCUCCGCGUCAGCGACGUCAGUCAACGACUUAAUCAGUCACCUCCGCCGUACACAGAUCCCUAGUGGUUCCUAUGAUGAUUCCCCAAGCCCACAACGGGCUCAGCGCUCGUUUGUGGCUCCGCGCUCAGUUCAUCCAUCUCUUCGAGAUGUACUUGAGCUCCCUGAAACCGCGCCGCCGCGACCUCGCCCCGGUCCCCGCCGCACGGUAUUCGGGGUGCGUCCAACUCGACCAACUGUCGGGCCUCCGGCGCCUGCAAGUUGGCUGUCCCAAAAUACAGAUUUGGCGGGAGACUAUGGAUUGCAUGACCAGAUGCCUGGAGCCUUAGAGGAGGAAAUCCACCGGCUGACCCGCCUCCCGGGGCCGCAGUUUCCGGACCAGAAGAGCCUGGUACAUCUGACGCUGAAAACCAUGGCUUUGAACUGGUGUUGGCAUGUUGAAUAUGAUGGCCCUUUUUUGUCUCAUCUUCCAAAUCAUAUCAAGGAACUGCUUCUGAGUUAUGUUGCUGUCUACGCGAGAGGCUCACCUCUGAAAGGGUACAUGAAGGGGCUGAAGCCGCUCUUUUUGACCCGGCAGGAUCAGGAUCAAAUUGGCGAGGAGAUACCGGGUUUCAACGAGGCGAGAGCUGUUGACGGGGAUUUCAAAAUCGUGCGAUUGGACCUGGGGAAUGCUCUGGGAAACUGGAUAACUUUGAAGCAGCUCACACACGAGGUGAUCAUCUCGCCAGCUCCAGCCGUGGGUUUCUCAGAUCACGAAACAGAGGAUGCUGUCCCAGUUUCAUGGGAUGAAUAUGCUCACAACGGCAGAGGGGAAGCUAUUUUUGAUUAUCUUCCAGCUCCGUCCAUGCCCAAGGCCAUUACACAGACUCUACGCUUCCCCGAACUCCGCGCCUUAUCCCUAGCACACCCGACACCUAGUGCUGCAAGCUGGACCGGUCUUCUCAACCUGCUAGCACAUUUGCCAACACUCACUCAUCUCUCGCUUGCCCAUUGGCCUAUACCGUGCCGGAAUCCACGCACUGCUACUACUCGCGUUCGCGGCCCAGUGGCCCGCUUCUUGACUCCAGACGCCCUUGACGACAACUGGGCCGAAGCUGCGAGUAUACUUCGUCAACUCUCCCGUUCGACCUACUGCCUGAAAUGGUUGGACCUCGAGGGCUGCGGCGAAUGGCUACCAGCCUUGAAAUGGGUUGGGAAAGACCCGGAUGGGUUUCCACAGAGCCCUGAUAAUGUUGGCCCAGAGUGGAACGGAUCUUGGAGAGAUGUCGAAUGGCUUGGGAUCGGCCCUGGCUUUCUGGAUUUGACGAAGUCUCAGGACUCGUCCCAUGUGCCGUCCUAUGAAGUCCCCGACCCGCAAACACGCUCCUCGGAUUCUUCUAUCUAUGCAGAUCACCUUCAAAAUGCGCGUGAUGUGCUGAGGCACAUUCGGCAGAUAAGGAGGGGGAGGAAAUGGCUCGAAAUCGAGCUCGGGUUAGGGCUGGAAGAUGUUGAGCCUGAAAUAAUCAGAUCGCUGGAUGGUCAGGAAUUGUCGGUUUAUCUAUGA